AUGAAAAUAUCGAAUGGUAUUGAUGAUUUAAAUACAAUAGAUGUUGAUCUUGAAAAUGAAUUAAAUAUUUUAGAUAAUGAAAUUGUUAAAGAAAAUAUGAUUCAAAUUAAUUUACCAGAUGCACAUUCAGAAAAAUUUCAAAUAUCAUCAACGAAUAAUGUUGAUAAACAAUUAGCAGAAUUACAGCCAACAUGCGGUGCACAGUUUCAAAAGAUAUUUAUGCUUAUUCAUAAAAAGUUCCAUUCAUAA